AUGUUUUUAAGGCACAGUUCCUCAAAAUCUGGAUAUCAGAUGAUGCAAGUAAUGAGAUUUGCUGUUGAAGAGAUUAAUAACUCAACAACUCUUCUGCCCAAUGUGUCUCUGGGCUAUGACAUUUUUGACCACUGUUCUAAUAUAAAGAAUUUAAAUACAGUCUUAAAUUUAAUCUCCAAGAAUGGCUUAAUAAGACCUAAAGAAAUACUCAACAACUAUCAGCCUAAAGUGAUUGCUUUAACAGGACCAUAUGGAAGCUCAAAAACUAUUACUAUCGCACCACUGAUCACAAUGGACCUUAUACCAUUGGUGAACUAUGGAGCUACUAGCUAUGCAUUAAGCGAUAAACGUCAGUAUCCUUCUUUUGUGAGAACAAUCCCUAGCAACAAAGACCUGAUAGAGAUGAUUAUUCACAUCAUACGGUGGUUUGGAUGGAACUGGGUUGCCUUUCUUGGUAGCCAAGAUGAUUACAGUUCAGAUGGACUAAAGCUGUUUAACAAGUAUAUAAAAAAUACUGGCAUUUGUUUGGCCUAUCAAGAGGGUCUAAGUCUAAAUGCAAACUAUGGUCUAACACUUAAAAAGAUUGAUAAGCUCAAAAUUAAUGUCAUUGUUGUUUUUGCUGUGCCACAAUAUGCAAGCAAAAUUAUCAAAGCAGCCAUAGCAAACAACAUCCAAGACAAAGUAUGGAUUGCAAGUCAAGCAUGGGCUAUGAAUCAGCAACUUCCAAGAGAGCCAGGAAUUGGAAAAAUUGGCACAAUCAUUGGCAUUACAGAGAGACUGUUGUCAUUGCCUGGAUUCAAUGAAUUUGUCUAUAAAAUCAGUAGAAUAACCGAUAUUAGCCAUAAUUAUAGAGCUGAGACUGGCAUCCUGGGGAUGAGAAAGACAUGUAAUCAAGUUUGUGAUUACUGCUCUUUGUUGACUGCAGAGGAGAUCAUAAAUGAAAAUCCCACAUUCUCUUUUGCCAUCUAUGCUGCCAUAUAUACCAUAGCUCAUGCGUUACAUAAGGUUCUGCAGUGCGACAUGAAUGAAUGCCACAAAAACACAAUGCUCAAACCAUACAUGCUUCUUAAAGAGAUAAGUAAUUUGGAUUUUCCACUCAAUGGCCGUCAGGUGAAAUACAAUGACCAUUAUGAUCCAACAAUCAGUUAUGCAGUUGUGCUCUGGCGCACUGAUGUGAAUCCUCCACAGUUUGAGAUGGUUGGCACAUAUGAUACUCAUCCUGAAAUUACUUUUAGUAUCGACAACUCUCUCAUGCCAUGGAAUAACAAUGGUUCUGUUAUAUUCUCAAACUGCUCUGUUGAGUGUAAGGCGGGAUAUUCAAGGCAAACUGAAGGAUUUCAUAGUUGCUGUUUUUCCUGUAAAAAAUGCCCAUCCAACAGCUAUGUGGAUUUUUCUCGUAAGUACCUUAAGCAGAGGUUGAUGAGAUUUUAA